GAGUGCUCCUCCGGAGCGGGCCCGCAUGAAAGGUGGACGGCCGGUGCCAUGGUGCUGCGUGCGGUCUCUAGCGCUGGACACGAUCACGGCAGCUUCCGGCUUCCUUUUUCUGACUACUCUCACCUGCUUCCACAAUUGCGGUGAGGCAUUCACUGUGUGCCGCCGCCGCCUCCUCAGCUCCCCUAGCUGCCCGUCCGGUGCCCAAAUUUCAUACACAACAUCGCCACCAUCGUCGCCCCCAUGGCCGACCUGCCGGGCUUGAGCAACCGCAAGUUCAGCAUCAACCGCAACACGGGCGUUCCCCGGCCCGCCCGUCGCUUCUCCAUCGGAGAGCCCGGACUGAGCGAGUCCAGUAGCAAGGUCCACAGGCAGUUCCGCGCUGCCCACGAGGGCCAUCUCCCCCAUGCCGGCCUAGACGCCACCAGGGCGUCGACCGGCGUCGUGUGGUGCACUGAGCGGGCGGCCGAAUAUGGCUUCCUCGACGAGCCCGACCAGUGGGCCAACCUGGGCCAGGGUGCGCCCGAGGUCGACGACGACAUCGAGGGCUGCUUUCCCCGCCCCACGACGCUCGACAUCAGCACCGCCAGCCGCGAGUACGGCCCCACGGCCGGCAUCAAGCCCCUGAGAGAGGCCGUGGCCCGGCUGUACAACGAGAUGCACCGCAAGGGCAAGCCCAGCCAGUACACCUGGGAGAACGUCGCCAUCGUCCCGGGAGGUCGUGCCGGUCUGAUCCGUAUCGCUGCCGUCCUGAACAAUGCUUACGUUGGCUUCUUCAUCCCCGACUACACAGCCUACAACGAAAUGCUGUCCCUGUUCAAGAACUUUGCCGCCAUUCCCGUGCCCCUUCAUGAGGACGACGGCUACCACAUCCACCCGGACAAGAUCGCCGAGGAGAUUGCCCGCGGCACCAGCGUGAUCCUCACCUCCAACCCCCGGAACCCCACCGGCCGUGUCGUGCAGAACCCGGAGCUGGCCGAGAUCCAGGACAUCUGCCGCGGGCGUGCCACCCUGGUCAGCGACGAGUUCUACUCGGGCUACAACUACACCAGCAACUGCGACGGCACGACCAUCAGCGCUGCCGAAAACGUCAUCGACGUGGACGAAGACGACGUCCUGAUCAUCGACGGCCUGACCAAGCGCUUCCGCCUGCCCGGCUGGCGAGUCGCCUGGAUCCUGGGCCCCAAGGAGUUCAUCAAGGCAAUCGGCUCCUGCGGCUCCUACCUCGACGGCGGCACCAACGUGCCCUUCCAGGAGGCCGCGAUCCCGAUGCUGGAGCCGGACCUGGUGCGCCGCGAGAUGGUCGCGCUGCAGCGGCACUUCCGCGAGAAGCGCGACUACGUGGUCCAGCGCCUGCGCGCCAUGGGCUUCGUCAUCCGCUACGUGCCCGACUCGACCUUCUACCUGUGGCUCAACCUCGAAGGGCUGCCGGCGCCCAUCUCGGACGGGCUCAACUUCUUCCAGGCCUGCCUCGCCGAGAAGGUCAUCGUCGUGCCCGGCAUCUUCUUCGACCUCAACCCGUCCCGCCGCAGGGACCUGUUCGACAGCCCCUGCCACCACUUCGUGCGCUUCUCGUACGGCCCCAAGAUGGACGUGCUCAAGAGGGGCUGCGACGGUAUCGAGCGCGUCAUCAACAAGUUCAAGAACUUGGAGAGCCACUGAGGAAGGCCGGACGUGAUGUGACUGACAGGGAGACCGAGCCCCUGCUAGAGUUCCCUUUCCUAUUUCUUUCUCUCAUGCGGAAUGGCCGGCGG